GCACCAGCAUACAGCUGGUACCACAAAACCUGAAGGAAGGUAGAGCUGAAGUUCCCCUCCUAAUAAAGGAUUUCCAAGGGGUCAGCUGUGCUCAGACACAGUCCCUGCAACUGACUGUUUGUGGCUGUGCGGAAGAAGGCAUCUGCAAAGAGAAGGUUAUAGGCACUAAGUCAGUGGGCCUGGGACCAGGAGCAGUUGCACUAAUCAUCUUGGCAUUUCUACUUUUGCUGCUUAUUCCACUGUUGCUGCUGCUGUGUCCCUGUGGUUCAGGAGCAAAGGGAUUUGCCGGGAUACCAGACUACAGCGAAGCGAUGUUGCGUCAGUGGAACAGCGAAGGAGCAGCUCCCGAGGAGAAGCCUGUGCUAAGCCUCAUCCCAUCCACUGCACUGGCAAGCUCAAGAGGUGUGACCAGCGGAGCAGCAACAGCAGCAUUAGCAGCNNNGGAAACUGCAACAGGAGGAGGCAGCUCUGCCUCUCAUUUGAGAGAGCAUCAAAACACCAUUACCAAGGAGAGAUGGGAAGAGCAAAGACAUCUCCUUUCUGGUGCUGAAUACGGAGCCAUGGCAGCUGGAGGAGCUGAAGGCAUGGCAGGUGUAGAAGGCAAGACGCUGGUGGCUGGAGGAGGAGUUGCAGUGGGAGCAGCAGGAGCCAUGAAUGAAGAAUUUUUAAGAGACUACUUCAAUGACAAAGCUGUCUCCUUUGCGGAUGAAGAUGAAGCCCAAGCUGCAAAUGACUGUCUCCUGGUUUAUUCCCAGGGAGAGUCAGGCUCCCCCCACGGCUCCAUCGGCUGCUGCAGCUUUAUUGACGGUGAUCUUGACGACCACUUUCUUGAUGACUUAGGAGACAAAUUUAAGACUUUAGCAGAAAUAUGCAUAGGCAGACACAUCAACGUGAAAGAUGGGAGCUCCAGGAAUGAAUCAGGUUUCGGUGUUGGUGACACAAAGUCGCGGUUCCUAGAUCAGCAAAAUGCUUCCAGCUCCGAACAAGCCUUUACCUCAGGCAGCCACUUCCAGUCCGCCCCAUCAGUGCAUGCCAGUGGUGGCACAGGAGAAGACAGAGUGUCCGAGGAGGUGGUCACUGAAACAACCUUUGCAUCCUGCUCCAGGCAGCACGACACCCGGCCCCUCCCCACGGCUCACAUGGACACCAAUUUCACCGUGAUGGAAACAUCCUACUCUGCAGGGGCUCCUGCCCGCUCGGCCACUGUCUUGCUAGACCCUCAGUUUAAGGAGAAUGUAGUGGUGACAGAGAGAGUGCUGGCACCCGCAUCGAGCUUGCAGGGUAUGGUGGAAGUCCCCAGUUUGCCGCAUGGAAGUAAUGUGGUGGUUACGGAGAGGAUGGUGAAGUCGGAGGGCACGGGUGCAGGAGCCCUGAUGGUUCAGGACCUCCCUGACUCCCAGUAUGUCGUCGUGAGGGAGCGGGAGAGGGUCCUUGUGCCCGCUGCAGAGCAGGGCUCGCUCAGCUUCCCCAGUUUGGCGGAAGGUCGCGGCGUGGUGGUAAACGAAACAGUAGUGACAGCCUCGGGGAUGCAGAGCAGAGCCGAACAGGCAGCAGGUGCCAGCCUGGGAAGAAAAGAGCACAUGGUGCUCACAGACUCACUGCUUAAUCAGGGAGGGUCCACCUUAGAGGGGCCACCUCCUGCCAGCACCACACUGAGCAAGUCUUCCAGAGUGACCAAAUACAGCACAGUGCAGUACACUCGCUCAUAG